UUUUAUAAGAAAAAAAUGGGUGGGAAUAUAAUAGCAAAACUCUCAACCAAUUAUUGCAUGACACAUAGUACCAUAGCUCACUCAAUAUUUUCAUCUACCAUUAAAUAUCCUUCAAAUCAAAGAGGAAAGUUACAAAACCUUAUGUCUAGUGUCUCCUCUUUCCACACAACAAACAAACAUACUCAUAGUUCAAAACAAAACAACAAACGUAGUACCAUGUUUCAGAUUCCCAACAACCGACCCAUUAUCACCAUGUUUCUGUUUCUGAUCUUCAUCAUAAACAUCAUCACAGUAACAUCAUCAUCAUCAGAUCUUCGACCUGGGUUUUACUCAAAAACAUGUCCAAAAGCUGAAACCAUUGUCAGAGAUGUUAUGAGAAAAGCUCUUAUAAGAGAACCAAGAAGUGUUGCCUCUGUUAUGAGACUUCAGUUUCAUGAUUGCUUUGUUAAUGGGUGUGAUGGUUCUGUGUUGCUUGAUGAUACACCAACUAUGCUUGGAGAAAAAUUGGCUCUUUCAAAUAUAAAUUCACUUAGAUCAUUUGAAGUUGUUGAUGAGGUUAAGGAGGCAUUAGAGAAAGCUUGCCCUGGAGUUGUUUCUUGUGCUGAUAUUAUUAUUAUGGCUUCUAGAGAUGCUGUAGCACUGACAGGAGGACCAGAUUGGGAGGUGAGGUUAGGAAGAUUGGACAGCUUAACAGCAAGUCAAGAAGACUCAGACAAUAUCAUGCCAAGUCCAAGAGCCAAUGCAAGCACUCUCAUUGAUCUCUUCCAAAGAUUCAACCUCACUGUCAAAGACCUUGUAGCACUCUCAGGAUCUCACUCUAUCGGCCAAGGUCGAUGUUUUUCGAUCAUGUUUCGGCUAUACAAUCAAUCAGGUAGUGGAAAACCCGACCCUGCACUUGAUCCUGCUUUUAGACUAGAGCUUGACAAGCUAUGCCCACUAGAUGUUGACCAAAAUAAGACAGGGAACCUUGACUCAACUCCCGUGAUUUUCGAUAACCAAUAUUUCAAGGACUUGGUUGGUGGAAGAGGAUUUCUCAACUCUGAUCAAACACUUUUCACUUACCCUCAAACAAAAGGGUUAGUGAGGUUCUAUAGUAGAGAUCAAAGUGAGUUUUUCAAAGCAUUUGUUAAAGGGAUGUUGAAAAUGGGUGAUUUGCAGUCCGGUCGACCUGGAGAGGUUAGGAGGAAUUGCAGAGUUGUGAAUGAUCGCUUCGCUUAUGUUCUGUUUCAACACAAGAUGCAGAAAAAUGUUAAAUCAAUCUGAAUUACAUGUUUGUACUCCAAGGCUCGUGGAUUAAUAAGGCGCUAUACUACCUUUCAAUCUUAUGAGACGAAUUUACGAUAAAGUAAACUGUAAUGCACCAUGGCUAGUUUUCGUAUAUGAAGCAUCUCAUCCCAAUUCACAGGAUAUGCAAGUCUACCAAAAGCAUUUUUAGUUGUCAUGUUUCAAAAUAGCUUUCUUUUAGUAUUCAAAAUUUCAAAUAUAUGAAUUGUUGAAUUGUUUCUAUUCAGCUCUAAAAAAAUUGUUGAAUGCAUUGGAUCAUACCCAGUAGCAUUAAUUUCAAGAAUGUACAUAGAGUGUGAUUUGGAGGAAGAAGCAGUUUGUACGUUGUAGUGUCUCAACAUUUGGAAUAGACUUGAGUUACACUCGGUCAAUAUUACAGAAAAUCCACUGUAAUGGAGAGAACAAUUUUUUUA